AUGGCCUGCCAUGUCUAUGCACAGAGUGACACUGAAUGGAAGAGGUUCAUUGUGGUCGUUCCUCAGGAUGCGCUCCUCACCCAGGUUGGAUAUGAAAAACACCUCUCCUUUCUUCUGUUUCGGCAGUUAAAUAUUCUGGUUGACACUGGGAGCAGUAAUUUUGCUGUAGCAGGUGUGCCUGAUCCUGAUGUCACCUCCUACUUCAAUACCGAGCUGUCAAGUACAUACAAAUCUCAGGGGAUUGAUGUCACAGUUAAGUACAGUCAAGGAAGCUGGACUGGAGUGCUGGGUACAGAUGUCAUUACUAUGCCAAAAGGAAUCUAUGGCAGCUACACCAUCAACAUUGCUACCAUUCUUGAAUCAGAGAAUUUCUUCUUGCCAGGAGUUAAAUGGCAUGGGAUUCUUGGACUUGCCUACGAUGCCUUAGCCAAGCCUUCAAGUUCUGUGGAGACGUUCUUUGAUUCUCUUGUGAGGCAAGCAGAGAUCCCCAACAUUUUCUCCUUGCAGAUGUGUGGUGCUGGACUGCCUGUUUCUGGAAGUGGUACCAACGGAGGUAGUCUUGUGG